AUGCAAUCCUCCAAUGGGGUUUCUGGAGGGGCGAAGGAAUGGGACGCGACUACGCCUGGGGCGGGUGCUCAGCGUGUGAUUGCUAUUACACAGCUGUACUUCCGAUUAUGCAACUUCCACCCGAUCACUAUCGUUGUGGCGGAUGCACUUUGUCUGGUGUUUGGCGCGAAUGGCGCCACAAAACAGGACCUGGCUAAGUAUCUUGCGCUCUCUGAAGAGCGUGUGCAGCUCGGAUUAGACACCAUCCCUUUGGAUAUGCAAUGCACUUCGCUGAACUUGAACACGGAGAGCACCGUCGAAGAUGGGCCUGCAUCGCAUGCGCGCAAAUUAAACAAGGAUGGCGUGCGGUAUUUCUUAAACUACAAGCGCAUCUUGCCUUUUGUGUACGCACAUGUUUCGCAGAUCCUGCUCGCCCUUUGCACCACACCACUGCCGCCAAGUAUGCCUAAAGGAAGUGUUUCUCAGGUCCCUGAUGAGCAACUGUUAGUCCCGGCGUUGCAAGCCUCACCGCGUGGGGCCGCUAUCGACAAUUCAAAAGUAGUGGCGCACGCCCCAACGCCACAGGGAAGUAUGGCCUCCUAUAGCUUAUCAGACGCCAUCAAACGACGUGAAGCAUCGGAGGGAAUUUUUUGCCCUGUAUGCCGAACUUAUUAUGGCCUUGACGAGUUUGUGAAAAGCGCUUCUCGAUGUAUGGGCUGCAAAACUGAUGUCCUACGAGUGAUAGUUGAGGCUAUAAGAGAUAGAAUGAAUGCAAAAUAUAAACGGGAUGGAUCGGUAGUAUCGGUGCCCUUCUUGGCGACAAGGCGAAAAGUGGAGCAAGCUGGAGCCUCUCUGGCUUCACCGUCGGCCCCAGAUUCCCCUUCCGUGAGGUUCAACCGUAAUACUGCAUUGGCGGAUGCGAACCCGCUUCCGGAGGUUCGAAGCUGCCCGUUAGCUCGGGAUCCGUUUCUGGUGCAGCAGGCUCUCGCGUUUUUGUACCUUUAUAGUGCCCCCUUUGCAUGCAUCAACGACGAUCGCUACGUUGUGAACUCGGAGGAUAUCAUGACAGAGCUGGAGUACGAAAAGCGACUUGAAGGGAAAGCGACGGUGGCCGACCAGUUCCGCGCUGCCCACCGCAACCCCAACACGAUUCGCGUGCGGCUUAUUUCUCAGCGCGAGGUCGAGGCGUCGAUGCGUGAGGAGAAUCGGAAGAAAAUAGAGAAGCGUGCUCACCUGCCGCCGUGGCUGCAGCAGCAUCACCCCGGUUCAGGCUUCCCAGGGCGGACGCACAACGCUGCCCCCUUCGAUAAUAUGGAGGAAAAGGGCAAGGUAACUCAAAUAACACCACCAAGCGCGUCGGCGAAUAUUUCCUCGCCGCAACAAGAAAUGGGGCAUUCACCUCUCAAGAUGAAAGAGGUAAGUCGCAAGCGAGCCAGGCAGGUUAUGGAGAUUGAUUCCGAAACACGAGAGGAUCUGAUACGCGAUGCUCAUUUUGUCGCUCAGGAGUUUUUUCAUGACGACUUCAUCCCUGUCCGUCUUCCCUUACAACAUGGCUCAACUUUGUAA